AUGUCGGCACCAAAAAUCACGAUUGAAGAGCAUGAUAACAGUAGCGAUGCAAUAACAACAUAUCAUCUCGACCUCGAUUCGCAAGAAUGCAAUCCGAUAGGCGAGUACUCUGCGUCAUGCAACGUAUGCCGCGAUCUAGUCAGGAAGUUCUUCAAAAACCGCUAUAACCCUGUAUUAAGGCGAGGUACGACUUUGCCCCAGAUAAUCGAAGCGGCGCAGACGGGAUGUUCGAACUGCGCAGUUCUACACUUGGCCAUUGUCGCAUUGGCCUCUUCCUCGCAGUAUAAAGAUCUCAGAGAAAGGCCGUUGCUAUUUUUUGAACCAGAAACCACAGCCGGCCAUGCUUCAAACCUCCGUGACGGUGAUAAUGGGCCGUCAUUAUUUUCCGACGAUCGUUGGUGUGAUGUGACCUUGAUGUUACGAGAGGAUGACACAUGCUGUUUUGAGGUUCGAGUUCGAGGAUGUCUUAUCAAGGGGGACAUAUACACUACCUCUUAUCCUUCAAUCUGGCCAAUAGUUCGGGCUUCACAACAUAUUCAGCCUUUACCUAGCCACUCCACAGUUGCAGCUAGUAUCGAGCUGUGGAUCAAGAACUGUACUUCCCACGUCCAUUGUCGAAGCUACAUAGACGAUUCGAAGCUGCCAACACGGGUGCUAGACAUUAGUCCAGACAAAAAGAUUUGUCUAGUGGAGACAAGCAAUGCGAAUGGCAAAUAUGUUACACUAAGCCACUGUUGGGGGCCAAGAGCAAACAUGAUACGGACGCUAACGGCUAAUUAUCAAUCACAUCAAGAGAGUAUCGAAUGGACUUGGCUCCCACUUACAUUUCGCGAUGCAAUUACCAUCGCUAGAAGUCUCGGGAUCCGAUAUAUCUGGAUAGACUCUCUGUGUAUCAUUCAAGAUAACGCAAUGGACUGGGAGGUUGAGUCUUCAAAGAUGGCUCAAGUUUAUGCAGGUUCUUACCUUAAUAUUGCUGCAACAUCUUCAAUAAGUUCUGCUGGGGGACUCUUUGGGGAGAGAUACCAGUGGGAAGCUUCAAUUGACAACGUCUCUUACGGUUCCGACAAGGACGAUAUCCCACUAAGACCAGCAGGUUCAGGGACAGUAGCGAUACGUAUCAAGCACAAACAACAGUACUCAGAUGUGUUUGUUAGAAAUGUCUUGGAGAGGAGUCGUGGCGAAAUAUCAGGUUGGCAUGGUGCCCAAGUGUCAUCUCAGAGCACCCUCGUCUCACCGCUCCUUACAAGAGCCUGGGUGUUUCAGGAACGCCUUCUCGCACCUAGGACCGUUCAUUUCCAUGCCGAGGAGAUGGUUUUCGAGUGCAAUUCUGGGCUCUCGUGUGAAUGUAGUAUGCACGAGACGGGUGGGUCAGAGCUCAGCGGUGUCAAGGCAGAAUUCAGCAAAAUGCUUGGUACAAUUUCCAGCAAAACAAAAAAGAAAAAGUUGGGCGAAGCUAUGGACAAAUGGAUGGCAUUAGUCAGCUCGUAUUCAAACCUACACCUCUCCUUUGAAAAUGAUCGACUGCCUGCGCUAUCGGGGUUGGCGAGGUUAGUUCAUGACAAGUAUGGAUACACUUACCUUGCGGGGCUUUGGUCGAACGACCUGCAUAGGCAACUGCUGUGGACCAUUCGGAGUUGGAGGACAAAUGUAAGGGCACCUGCUGGAACUGCCCCAACCUGGUCUUGGGCCUCGUUACAACCACCAGAUGAUUCCAGUCACAAGCUCGAUUGUUUAGUAUAUUUUGAUUCCCAGGAUUUGACUCCGAUAAAAUCUUUGAAAGUUGGUAUUCAUGCUGAAUGUACCCCUUCUGGAUCAAAUCCUUUCGGGACUGUUCAGGAAGGGAAACUCUACUUGACAGGAUUGGUUUGGGAUUACUCUUACGAAAUAAAAAUGAAGGUCAAAUGGGACAAAUCUGAAGAGAUUGCCUAUUUCAUUAAUGGUAGGGAGUUUUCCCCGGAUAUUAAAGAGGUUGUUCUUGGAGAAAGACCUGUAAAAUGUGUACAUUUUGGAACAAGCUUUGACAAGGAGUACUAUCUUGCUGUUGAGACUGUUAACCAAGUAUUAGAAACCGAGCCAGUUUACAAACGAGUAGGGGUAUUGGAUAUUGAACAAAAACAGGGGCCGCGAGGAGUAUCAACUGCAGGAGGCAACUGGACAAAGUUAACGAUUAUAUAA